UCUGCAGAGGAGGAGGGUGCGGUGGUAGAAAAACACAGAGGACAUUGAACGCACCACGAACAGCGGCUGAUCUCAGGCAGCGACCCGGAAUACCGGCAUCAUCUCCCGGUGUUUGUCCCGGUGUUUGUCCCGGAUCUCUCUGCUGCACGAUACUCUGAAGAAGCUGCACGCGACUCGCGAGGAUGCUGUGGCUGCUCCUCUUUCUGCUUCCUUCGGUCUGCGACGGCCGGAUCGCGGCUCCAGAAGUCGCUCAUAAAAACCCAAACAGCUCCGUGGACGUGAAGUCUCGGCCUCACAUCUACUUCUGCCGCUCGCCCAACAUGGAGGACUUCAGCUGCUGGUGGCGCCCGCUGGAGAACCUGACGGAGGAAGUGUCCUACGUCCUCACAUACUCCAAAGACAAGGAGCCUCAGCAGGAGUGUCCGGACUACGUGAGCUCCGGACCCAACAGCUGCCACUUCGACAAGAAACACACCAUCAUCUGGAAGUUUUACUGCCUGAACGUCACCGCCGUCACCAAACACGGGAACUACACUUCCCAGAAGCACUGCCUGGACGUGGCCGACAUAGUGCAGAUGGAGGCUCCGGUGAACCUGUCCUUCGUGCUGGAGGAGGCGGGGGGGGAUGAGAUGGGUCACAACGCCCUGCUGUCCUGGAUCUACCCGGUGCCGGCACACCUGAAGUACGGAUGGAUCACUCUGGAGCACGAGCUGCAGUACCGCCGGGUCAGCGAGCCUGACGUGUGGAAGGUGAAGUACCCCCUCAGGGAGCCCCAGGUGGAGCUGCUCGGGCUGCCGGUGGGGGAGUUCGUAGUGCGGGUUCGAUGCCGAUCACAUAACGCCAGGCUGUGGAGCGAGUGGAGCGAUCCGCUGAUGAUGAGCAUCCCCGCCCGGCCGCCUGCAGGUAAGCUGCUGGUUCUGAUUCUGGUGACGGGGGUGGGGGUGGUGGCUCUGCUGGUGGUCACCCUGGGGCUCCUCCCCCAGAGCAGGAGAAUAAAAAACUACUUCCUGCCGCCCAUUCCCAAGCCGCGAAUCAUCGGCAUCGACCCGCUGCUCCUGAAGAAGGGGAACCUGGAUGAGAUAAACCGUCACUUCAGUAACUUCCACAGCUACACGCCCCCAAAGUACAGGGAGGAGGCGUGGGACGCUGUGAGCGACGCCUACCUCCCGACGAACAUGGACGCCAUGACAUCACAGAGUCACGUGACACCGGUGAAGAGCGGUUCUCCCUCGUACCUGGAGAGUGUUUCUCACCUGAAGAGCGUUUCCCCUCCGUAUUUGAAUAGUGUUUCCUCCUCGUACCUGAAGAGUGUUUCUCCUCCUUAUUGCUCCUUGCCUCCUUCAGCUUUGGACCCGCCGCCGGAGAUCCUGUCUCUCCCGGGCACAGAGUACAGCAUUAUGGGUAAUCCUCACCCUCCUCACCCUCCUCCUCAUCCUCAGCGUUCUCCCCAGGACUUCUACACCUGUGUGCAGCUGAUGGACAGCGGCGAGGUGCACCUGGUGCCCUGCCUGCCCCCCCCGUACUGCCAAGAGUUGCAGGAGGAGAAGAAGAAAAUGGAGAAGAUGGCCGACAGCAAAGCUAGGACACAUGUGGGCGAGGGAGGGGAGGCGGCGGUGCCUCUGCUACCUGUCGACUACACGAGAAACUGAACACCUGGUGGACUUUGAAGCAAAACCCCCGUCUUUUUUUAUCGUGCAACAGAACUGCAUAAAAAACAUGUGUUUGUUUGCGGACAACUGGACUACACGAGAAACUGAACACCUGGUGGACUUUGAAGCAGAAACUGAACACCUGGA